AUGGAGGAACACUUGCACUGGGCGCCAUUCAUCGUCAAGCCCUAUAGAAUUAACAACUACACUCAUUUAAUUGCUUUACUAAAAACAAAGCAGUCUAAAUACAGGGACUAUUCCCAUGGUGUGAUCAGCACAUCCUUUUCUAAGCUCUUAGGCACAGCUCAUGAGACACUCGAUCUUGACUCUAUUCUUGAAGGAUUUUUACACGAAAAGCUCAAGGAGAAGAGUAUCGACUUUGAGCUGCAAUUGUUUGCUGAUUUUAGCAAGGCUGUAAAUAAAAAAAUUAAAGAAUUGAAAAUCGAAAACGACCAGAAGGUCUAUGCAAAUAAAAUUGGAAAUUUGAAGGACAUAGAACAGUUGUUUUUGUUGAGGCCGUCGCAAAGUACAUUCAAGGAUGAUUUCCUCUUUGAUAUGUACUCAUUUAUAAAUCAAAAGAUAGAACCUUUGGUAUUUCUGCAGAGCUCAUACAUGAGGCACGUUGUAAAAUUCUACAUUCAAAAUCGUCCAGCAGAUCUCCAUAUCGACACGAAGACCAAUACUGUUGAUGACAAUGCACUGAAGAAUAUUGUUAGGGAUUUGUAAAGAUGCGAUUUAACGGGGAAGAGUAUCGAAUUGAAAUAUACGAAUCAAGAUACUUGUGGGCCGAAGCCUUCACAUUUUUCAGAAUUGGUAGGACUGAUCUGCUGCUCAGUCUGUUAUCAGAAUUUGAAAUAUUUUUUGAAUUCAUGUCUCAGAGAUUUAAGACUGUUUUCAAUGGGUAUCUUGCAGGCAGAAAGCCCAAUUUCGUAGUAAAUCUUAAAAGUGAUGAUAAAUUUAAAAAAUUCCUGUUUGAGCUAGCAGACGAGAGGGCAAAAAGUGACGGGCUGGUCAUAAAUACCGCAGAAGAUUACAUCUGGCUCAGGCUGGUCACUAAAAAGAAUUUCAAAAACGAUAUUGAGAUUUUUGAAAGCGAUAAAAUCAAGUUUAUGAUAUCUUUGUUUGCCAAAAAGUAUAGCAAAGCCAUCGACAUUCUACUGAAAUCAGACUUUGGAGUUAUCCCAAAGUUCUUCCUGUUAAGGGAGCUAUGUCUUGAGCAGAAUCUGGACCAAGCAGGCGAAGAAGUUCAUUCCACAAAUGUCUUUGACUCAUCAAACCUCAUAACAAGAUCACAAUUGAGAACAAGAAGAUUGGUUGAGGACAGCUCUUCAACUGUGAGUCUUGCUUCUAUCUCUGAACAGCCAUUUGCAAUCAGCCCUAUAUUCCUAAACUUCCUCUUUAAUAUCGUUACAAGACUGUCUACUAAGGAAUACAAAGUCAAGCUGAUUGAAAUGCUCAAGAGUCACAGCGAAUACUAUGACGUUGUUCCUGACUACAUCAUCAAGUUUGAGCUCUUCGAUAUUCUUGGCAAGCCCUCGGAGAAAAACACUACCGUUGAAUUCUUUCUUGAUUAUAAGCUUUCUUCAAAGGUUCUUCAAAGACUCAGAGAAAUGGGAGACAGAAAUAAGAUUAUUCAACUAUACAGCAUUAUUGAUGACUUGACUAUGAUUCAAACAUUAAGAGAUGCAACUGAAGAGGCCAUAUUGAUUGACGGAACUGUCGAUCAAGAAAUUGUCGAGAAGUACCUUAAAGAGAAAAUAUCAAAAGACAGUGACGAAUUGAAAAACAUGUAUGGAUUUUAUAAAUUUGUCAAGAAUCCCUCUGUUUCCAAUCUGAGGCAAACAGUGCUUUUCGAUCAGAAUAUUGAUAUGAGGCCUUAUAAGUUUGUUAUUGAAAAGCUCUUUGCAAAAGCCAUUGAGACCGUUAGAUCUGCAAAUGAUAAAUUCAUGGCCAAGCACCUAUUUAAACUUUGUGGAGCUUUAGACCUGAAUGAGGAGUGUGCAUCAAAAGUAUCCAAAGACUUAGUACUUUUAAUUUGA